AGGCUUGAUCAGAAUAAUCUGAGGAACUCUUUGGAGGGGUUCCUCAAGCAUGUCUGGCUGUUUGAGAGAGCAACCUCACCUUUAGUCUUUCUUACUUUUUCGAAUUUUCUCCCAUUUCGCAGAAUCCCCUUAGUUUCUGGCCAGCAAUGGCCUCCAGCUUAGAAGAAAUUAAAAAUGAGCAAGUGGAUCUUGAGAAGGUUCCCAUGGAGGAAGUGUUUGAGCAGCUGAAAUGUUCAAAGGAAGGCCUUUCAUCUGAUGAAGGUGCUAAAAGGCUUGCCAUUUUUGGCCCCAACAAACUUGAAGAGAAAAAGGAAAGCAAGAUUCUUAAAUUUUUGGGUUUUAUGUGGAAUCCUCUGUCAUGGGUCAUGGAGAUAGCAGCCAUUAUGGCCAUUGUCCUGGCAAAUGGAGGGGGAAGGGCACCGGAUUGGCAAGAUUUUCUUGGUAUUGUUGUGUUGCUGAUCAUCAACUCCACGGUUAGUUUCAUUGAGGAAAACAAUGCAGGAAACGCUGCAGCUGCUCUUAUGGCAGGCUUGGCACCUAAAACUAAGGUUUUGAGGGAUGGAAAAUGGGGUGAGCAGGAUGCGUCAAUCUUGGUCCCGGGGGAUCUUAUCAGUGUUAAGUUAGGUGAUAUCAUCCCAGCUGAUGCUCGUCUCUUGGAAGGUGAUCCUUUAAAGAUUGACCAGGCUGCACUCACUGGCGAAUCUCUUCCUGUCACAAAGAACCCUGGUGACUCUGUAUUCUCUGGUUCUACAUGCAAGCAAGGUGAGAUUGAGGCUGUUGUCAUUGCCACUGGUGUCCACACCUUCUUUGGGAAAGCUGCACAUCUUGUCGAUAGCACCCACCAAGUUGGACACUUUCAGAAGGUGUUGACAUCCAUUGGUAAUUUCUGUAUCUGCUCUAUUGCUGUGGGAAUGUUCAUUGAAAUAGUAGUGAUGUACCCAAUUCAGCAUAGAAGUUACAGAGAUGGCAUUGACAAUCUGUUGGUUCUAUUGAUUGGAGGUAUUCCAAUUGCAAUGCCAACAGUUUUGUCUGUGACCAUGGCCAUCGGUUCUCACAGACUUUCACAACAAGGUGCUAUUACCAAGAGAAUGACAGCUAUUGAAGAGAUGGCUGGAAUGGAUGUCCUCUGCAGUGACAAGACCGGAACCCUCACCCUUAACAAGCUCACCGUUGACAAGAACUUGAUCGAGGUCUUUGCAAAUGGUGCUGAUAAGGAUGCGGUUGUGUUGUACGCUGCUAGAGCUUCCAGAGUUGAAAACCAGGAUGCAAUUGAUGCUUCAAUUGUUAACAUGUUGGGUGACCCCAAGGAGGCAAGAGCUGGAAUCCAAGAGGUGCACUUCUUGCCAUUCAACCCCGUUGAUAAACGCACUGCAAUUACCUACAUUGACACUUCUGGCAAUUGGCAUAGGAGCAGCAAGGGUGCUCCUGAACAAAUUAUUGAACUUUGCGGGCUAAAGGGGGAGACAUUGAAGAAAGCUCAUUCAAUCAUAGAUGAUUUUGCAAACCGUGGCCUUCGUUCCUUGGGUGUUGCACGACAGACGGUGCCAGAACGUAGCAAGGAAAGUGCUGGAUCACCAUGGGAAUUUAUUGGUCUAUUGCCUUUGUUCGACCCUCCAAGGCAUGAUAGUGCUGAGACCAUCCGCAAAGCUCUUGAUCUCGGUGUCAAUGUUAAGAUGAUCACUGGUGAUCAACUUGCUAUUGGCAAAGAGACUGGCCGUAGGCUUGGCAUGGGCACUAACAUGUACCCAUCUACUUCCCUUCUCGGACAGAGCAACGAUGAGUCAAUCACUGGAAUUCCCAUUGAAGAGCUCAUUGAGAAGGCUGAUGGAUUUGCUGGAGUCUUUCCUGAACACAAAUACGAGAUUGUGAAGAAGUUGCAAGAGAGGAAGCACAUAUGUGGUAUGACCGGAGAUGGUGUGAAUGAUGCACCAGCACUAAAGAGGGCAGACAUUGGUAUUGCAGUGGCAGAUGCAACUGACGCCGCUAGGAGCGCUUCUGACAUUGUCCUGACCGAGCCCGGACUUAGUGUGAUUGUCAGUGCUGUCCUGACCAGCAGAGCCAUCUUCCAGAGGAUGAAGAACUAUACCAUCUAUGCAGUUUCCAUCACAAUCCGUAUUGUUAUGGGCUUCAUGCUCAUUUCUCUCAUCUGGCAGUUUGACUUUUCACCCUUCAUGGUAUUGAUCAUUGCCAUUUUGAACGAUGGAACCAUCAUGACCAUUUCUAAGGACAGGGUCAAGCCAUCUCCAAUGCCCGACUCCUGGAAGCUCAAGGAAAUUUUUGUAACCGGCAUUGUCCUUGGCUCCUAUCUUGCUAUCGUCAGUGUCGUGUUUUUCUAUCUGGUUACAGGAACUGAAUUCUUCGAGAAUAUAUUUGGAGUUAAGUCCAUCAGCGACAGUCCAGAUGAACUUACGGCUGCUCUUUAUCUUCAAGUCAGCAUCAUUAGUCAAGCACUCAUCUUCGUGACCAGGUCACGAAGCUGGUCCUUCCUUGAGCGACCUGGCUUCAUGCUUGUCUUCGCCUUCCUGGCAGCUCAGUUGGUGGCCACCCUUAUUGCUGUGUAUGCAAGCUGGAGCUUUGCUAAGAUCCAAGGUAUUGGAUGGGCAUGGGCUGCAGCCAUAUGGGUGUUUAGCAUCGUUACCUACUUCCCUCUCGACGUACUCAAGUUCAUCAUCCGAUUUACCAUGAGUGGUCAUGCUUGGGAUUCUAUGAUCGAUAACAAGGUUGCUUUCAGUAACAAGAAAGAUUACGGUAAGGGCGAGAGAGAGGCGCAGUGGGCCGUGGCUCAACGCACCCUUCAUGGUCUGCAGACUUCAGAAGCUAAGGACAGCGGUAACCACUGGGAGUCGUCUGAGCUUGCCGAUCAGGCCAAGAGGCGGGCUGAAGUUGCAAGAUUGAGGGAGCUCCACACACUCAAGGGCCAUAUGGAAUCAGUGGUGAAGCUCAAGGGUUUGGACAUGGAUAACAUGCAACAACAACAUUACACUGUGUAAGAUAAAAAAAAGCAUGCAACAUCAAUGUAAAAAAGAAAAGAAAAAAAUGUGAAUUGAUAUUUAGAGAAGAUUUGGUAGCAAAGCAGUUCCGAGUGGGAAUGUAUUUCUCGAGGUUCCACUAGAAACAUUGGGGGUUUAUGUUAAGUUGAUAAAGAAAAACAGGGGAUUAUGUGAAAUGUAAAGAAACAUUUGUAAACAAGGAGGCUAUCGAAUGUAAAUUAUUGCAACAAUUGCAGUA